AUGCCAACAGUGCUAACGUCACCCCUUAGUCAGGCACAAGAUAGGAAGAGGAGAGCUGAGUUGUUUGAGGCAGCAUGCCAGAUCCAUGGAGGGAGACAUGGAACAAAUUGCAGAACCCCAGGAGAAGUUGGCCUUUGCGAAACAACUGUUAAAAAAUGUUCUAAUGACAUACUAGUUAAAAGUUUUUUCUAAAGGUCAAAAGAUAAAAAAGAAGGUUCUACCUAAAGUUUACAAAGAAAAUUUAACGAAGUAUGAAGCAUCUGAUGAAAAUAUACUGAGAAGCAUUGCAGUGUACUAUAGUGGAGGAGUAAUGGGGAAACGAAAGUACCGUGCAACAUAUAGGGAUAGCAGUUACAAACGAAGUAGCUCAAAGGCUGUGCGUAUUGCAGUUAGUUCCUGCCCUGUCCCAAGGCUUGUUCCUUACAAUAAGCUAAUGCCCUUCAUCAAGUCUAUUGACAUUGGUCAACUUCACAGUGUAAGGGAGACCCUUUGUCAUGGACUUGAUGAAGAAGAAAAAGUGGAUGGUAUAUACCGUGAUAUCCAACCUUUGUUGUUGUCACUUGCAGAAUUUUAUCUUUCUCAAAGCAGAUAUCAGCUGGUUUGGUUCGGAGAUGAAGUUAAUACCUUUCAUGUUUCUCUCGGUGGGGAUGGACCACCAUCGGGAAAAGAUGACACUGCAUUUGCCUGUCUGGUCAACUUUCUAAAUUUAGGGAGAGGCGUUCUCAGCAGUAAUGAAAAUUUUCUUUUGUUUGGUGGGAAUUGUAAGGAGGACUGUGUUCCUGUGUUACGAUUUUUAAAGAAGGUUGUGCAUGACAUUAGUGAUUUAGAGAAGAUCACCUUUACAGUAAAUUGCAAUGGCACCCCUGUUGAUGUCAAAUUUCGCAUUUCCGAACUCCCAAAUGACAUGAAAAUGUUGUCUUUUCUUGCUGGAGAACUUUCAAAUUCUGCAACUUACUUUUCAACUUUUGCAGAUGUGAGCAGUGACACAAUGACCAGACUGGAUGGGACUUUUGGAACAGAUGGGAAGGUAUUGUGGAAGCCAUGGAAGUAUGAGAACAGAAUGAAGGUGGUUAAACAGGUUGAUGUAUUUAAAAAGUCACUGGAGAAAAAAAAAAUGGCUGCAUCCACUCGUCGAGCAAAGGUCACUUCAUUUAUUGCUCAAAAACAUAGCCGUCAGGAAUUUGAGCCAGUUGUAGGCAAACUAAUUGACCAUGCACAUGUGGAUCCACUGCACCUGAAGAACAACGCCUGUGCACGUGCCCAUCAGCAACUUCUUAGCGAAGUCAUUGCAAUGUCUAAACUAAGUGAUGAAAUUAAUUCUUUUUCUCAGGUGCCUGCACAUUCACCAUUCAAGAGGUACAUUGCAGCCAUGAGUGCAUGUGGCUUAUCCAGGUUGGCAAAAAAAGUCACCAAAUGGUUCGAUGACACAAAAGCGAAUGGCAAAUCAUUUGACUACCGCUUUACUGGGAAGGAUUCUAGGCUAUUUUUGUUGCAUUUUAUGUCAUUGAUUGCUGCCGUUGAAAGCAGAGCUAGUGCUGGUAGAGAGACCACAAUUCUCCAUUUAUUGCAUACAUUUGUCUUUGUCUUAGGGACUGUCUCUCUUUUCAGCCGCUUAGCUAUUUCAGAUGAGGAAGUAAGUGAACUGAAGACCCUGUGCACAAACUAUUUUAGAGCUAAUGCUGUUUUCUUUUAUGUUAACCCCACAGUUUGGACCAUUGGUCACUUUGUCCCUGCCCAUACCCAGCACAAGAAGGAAAAGUAUGGGUUUGGCCUUGGUCUCAACUCAAUGGAAGGGCGAGAGGCCAAACGUGUUUAUUUCCAAAUAUAG